AUGUACUACAAUGGAGUUUACCAUAUGUUAUAUCACUACAAUUCUUAUGUUGCAAUAUGGGGUAACAUUACAUGGGCCCAUUCCAUAUCUUAUGUUCUUGUCAAAAGGGUUAAUCUUGGUCAUGCUCUUAAUCCAACUAAUCCUUGUGACAUCAAUGGUUAUUGGACUGGUUCUGCCACAAUACUUCCCGGAGAAGAACUUGUCAUUAUAUACAUUGGAGCAGAUACUGAAAUCCGAAAAUUCCAAAACAGGGCACUGACCAAGAACAUAUCUGAUCCACUCCAUAGAGAAUGGAUGAAAUCACCCCAUAAUCCUAUAAUGACUCCUAUUGAUGGCAUUGAUGCAAGCAAUUUCAGAAACCUUAUCACUGCUUGGCAAGCCUUACUCAAAGUAUGGAGAAUUCUUGAUGGAAGACUGAGAAAUGGUCAUGGCACAACACUUUUUUUUUCGAAGUAG